AUGGUCGAGCACUGUGGUUUAUGCUUCCUUUCGGCCUGCGAGACAGAUACAAGCAAGGAUCUUGCGCUGCGAGACGAGAAUGUUCACAUAGCUGGUUCUCUCCAGAUGGCUGGUGUGCUAAGCGUUAUAGCCAGCAUGUGGUCUGUGGCGGAUGAUGUCUGUCGCACUCUGGCUGAUACCUUCUACACCGAAUUGACAAGAGAGAAUUCUCCUGAGGGAAAGCGGGGGAUAAGUAUAGUUGAAGCCCCUUUUGCUCUCCAUGCAGCAAUCCAGCAUCUGCGAAAGAUGAAGAGCACUCCUCCAAUUCUUUGGGGUGCCUGGUUUCAUGCGGGAGUCUGA